UUUUAAAAUAAUCUAUUACUACUGAAAUAAAAUACCAAUAAAAAUGAUGAUGAUAAAAGUGUUUGUUAUUAUUGCAUUUCUAUCUUUGUCUAAUUCCAAAAGCAACUUUAUGCACAACUUACCUUUGGGAGAAUAUCGUUUGGUUUAUGAGAAAAUGUAUUCUUGUAAGUCAAAUAAUUUAAUUCAAUAUAAUGUUUAUUUGAGUAAAGAUACAUUAAAUACAACUCAUCUGAAAGGAAAUUUUACAUUUAUAAUACCUUUAGAUGAUACUGUUAUACUUGAUGGAAAUCUCGCAUAUUGGGAUUCGAUUGGAGGUUGGAAAUCAAAUGCAAUGGUUUACAUCAUAAAAAAUGCAUGUACUAAUUGGAAAAAACUCCUAGGGAACGUAUGGAAUACAUUAUCUAAAUCAUUUAACUUUCCCCAUAAUCGCUGUCCAAUACCAGUGGGAACAUAUACAUCAACGACAGGUGUCGACAUAAAGGAAUUAGAAGAUCUAAACUUUCCCAAGGUGUAUUUUUAUGGAAAAUAUAAAUUAACGGUGAAGAUAAAAAAUGUAAAAAAUGAAGUACUUUGUUGCUCGGUAAUAGAGUUUAGUCUUUUACGACCUUGGGAAAAACCAAUUUGAUUAAAUGUAACAAAAUAACAAUAAAAUAUGUUACUUUCAUAAUUAAAAUAACCAAAUAAUAUGACAUUAGCUAUGAAUUUUUGGAUAAUGUCUUAAA